CGUCAAGGCCGGUGUCGUGGAACGUUGUCUAUAUACUCGAGCUGCAUCCAAUAUGUAGCUAUGGAGCCAACCGUUCGCUGUUCCGCUGAACGCCCGAUCUCGUCUCCAGUCAUUACAUAUCUCCCGUCACUCAUUACGCCUCACGCUGUCGUCUGGGACGACACCUUCGCUGACAGGACGUGGCCCCUGUCCUCUCGUUCGACACCCUUUGAUUUGAACAUGGUGCAUGGUUUUGAUGAAAUCGCUCAAGCGAGCGAGCAACAAGAGAGGAUAACGAUCGCAUUCCUGGCGCUUGCUUGGGUAUUCAUUCUACUCAGGAUAUGGACCCGUACUUGGAUCAUCGCAAGCUUCGGCUGGGACGAUGCGACUAUGAUCCUGGCUGGGAUGAUUUUCACAGUCUACUCCGGAUCGCAAUUGUACAUUGAAGCGAAUGGUGGUGGCACGCAUGUCGCGAGCCUCGAAGGACUGCAGAAGCUCACGAAGUGGGUUGUCGUGAGCGAAGCGACCUACCUUAUGGCGAUGAUGAUGGUCAAGAUCUCACUCGGUAUCUUCUUUGCGCGCAUCGUGGUCGCCUCAUGGCACAACAUGCUCAUCUAUGUGACCAUUGGUGUCAACGUAUUCUCUUCAGUUGCCGCGUUCUUCUAUUGUAUCUUCCGCUGCGGACCAAACGUCAACCGAUAUGUACUGCAACAGUUGAGAAACCAGUGCACCUCGAGAGGCCUUGACCGGUUCAUGGCGUAUCAGUCAGCUACGUUCUCUACCCUUACUGACCUUGUCUUCGUCGUGCUACCAAUCAUGGUCCUCUGGAACGCGAACAUGGAUCGAAGAUCGAAGCUCUCAGUUGGGUUCAUCCUCUGCCUCGCCGCAAGCGCCUGCAUCUGCUCCAUGAUUCGCUUCCAAUACGUUGACGGCCUCACUCAAAUCAACGACUUUUUCUGGAACGCAACCAACAUCGCUAUCUGGUCCACAAUCGAGUGCGGCGCCAGUAUCAUAGCUGGAUGCCUCGCAACACUUCGUCCACUCCUGAAGCGCAUAUUCGCGACAGCAGGCUCAAUCACCAAGUCUUUACGCUCUUCCAACAUACAGUCGAAUGGAAGCUCGAGACAGACCAACUCGACAUCUAUCGGUACAAAUCUUGGGUCGAACGAACGCAAGACUGGCGGUUCAAGCACAGACAAGCCAACCUUUGCUGAGUUCAUCGCCGAACCUGGUGAAGUCAUCGAGAUGUCAAGUGAUGCGGGCGGCGAGCGAGAAAGUCAGGAUCGUAUCCUCCGGCAGCACGAAGAACCAUCUUUAGACUUCCCUUGGCCGGUCAAGGUGAUACAAAGCGCAAGGGAACCAGACCGCACUGCACCAAUGCACUCAAAGCACAAGAGCUGGAACUCGAGACAUAAAGCUGGAAAUGAUAGCAGAGUCGAUCGUGCUUUGUCUGCACCCUCAUCACCCGGCAUCUUUGCGAUGGGACAAAGAAACACAUGA